AAUGAUAACAAUUUUCAAUAAUUCAAAGUGGCUUUUGCACACGGCUAUUUUCUUAAGUAUAAAAGCUUUGAUCAAGUACAAAAUAGUUUUAAAAGUAGGAGCAACUAUGAAGGGAUUCAUCGUUUUUGCAGCACUUUUUGCGUUGGCAGCCGCACAGAGCUGCCCCAAUAUUAUCUCUCGCUCUCAGUGGGGUGCCCGCCCUCCCACUAGCAUCUCGUACCAAAACAACCCUGUGCCCUUUGUUGUUAUCCACCACGGUGCCAGUGCCUCCUGCAGCACCCAGUCCUCUUGCACCUCUAUGGUGCAGUCAUACCAGAACCAGCAUAUGGAUGUCAACGGAUGGUCUGACAUUGGCUACAGCUUCAUCGUAGGUGGAGACGGCAACGUUUAUGAGGGACGAAGCUGGGACAAGGUUGGUGCCCACGCUCCCGGCUAUAACAGCCAGAGUAUUGGAAUCUGCUUCAUUGGAACCUUCACAAGCGCCACCCCUGUUAAUGCCGCACUCAACGCCGCUCAGCAGUUGAUUGCCUGUGGAGUUGGUCAGGGCUACAUCAGCGGCAGCUACGGCCUCAUUGGCCACAGGCAAGCCGUUUCCACCGAUUGCCCUGGAGAUGCCCUCUACUCUGAGAUUCAGGGCUGGCCCAACUGGACUGCUAAUCCUUAAAUCAUGUCUUUGAUUUUUAUAAUACAAAUUUGACAGAAAAAAGAAUUAAACAGGUGUGUCUUUAAAAUUUCCUUCCAUUGGUCCUCUUAAAAUGAUAGAAAAAAAAAUGAAAAUAAAGAAAGCUUUGAAAGAAAAGUGAUAUUGUAACUUCA